AUGUCGUCCUACACAACACCACUAUUUCAUACAUCUCAUACACCACCAUUGAUUAACCCAGCCCCAACGAGCUCUCCAUACCAUCCAUAUUAUCCAGACUACUAUCCAGAGAAGGGUAGGACGACCACAUCUAUAAUCUUAGCGGCUCUCCUGGUCUGUGGAGGCGUAUUUCUCCUUAUUCUUGUUCUUUGCUGCCUUGUCGGAUGCUGUUGCCACCGACACCGUAUGAAGGCUAAAGAUAAACAGAUCCAAGAACUUCAAGAGACGUUAGCCACGAGAGCAAUUCCAUUCAGUAAUGGGGUUACUUACCAUUCUAGUGGGAUUGUUAAUAAUGGCGACAACAAUGAUGAUAAAGUCAUCAAUAAUGCAGGCGUCCACCAAGGGAAUAAUACGAUCACAGCAUACUUGACAAACCAGAGAGGAACAAAUGGUGAUGAAUUGGUGUUGGUCUCGAAGCAACAGUUACAACGGAUUCAAUUUUCAGCCUCUCCAAUAUCUCUGAAGCAACCGUAA